AUCUCACCCCAGACUGGGCUGGGGGAAGGGGCGUUGUUUUCCCGGAUCCCCUCCGAGUCUCUCAGUUAACGCCCCUCCCCCCUGCCUGGAAGUGGCUUUAGUUUUUUGGAGGAUCACAUCUGUGGCUGGGAAGGUUCGCAGAAAUCUUCUAACUCAACGUCCUUGUUUUACAGGGUGUAGCUGAAAUUUCUUUUCCCUGGUAAAUUCUGGCGAAUUUAUAAUUUGUAUCGGUUCUACCAUGGCUUUACUUCACAAGUUACUAAAUGGCAUUUAUUUUCCCAAACUUUGCAGAAAGCAAGAUGCCGCACAAUCCUUUUUAUUGGGGCCCAUAUUUGCUGGCUACCCCUCCAGACUAUAUACUAGUAUUAAAAAAACAGAGGCUGAUUCAGGCAGAUCUUCCCCUGAAGGAAAGACUCAAGGUGGAUUGGAAAAACAAGCCAAGAACAAUGAGCUUGGUUUAGAUUUAAUUUCACCAAAGGAAAAGAUUGAAGAUAAUUUUGACAAAGCAAUUAAAGAUGAGAUAAAGUACCAUUUUAAGCUUUUAAAGAAGGAGUUGAUAGAUCAUUGGAAAGGGCCUGAAGGCCGUCCUUACCAUGAAGUUUUACUGGAAAAAGCUAGGGUAAUGUGGCAGUUUCGCAGUAAUGAAGAUUUGGAUAAGUGGCUAGUGACGUCUGACAAGAUGAUAGGAGGCAAAAGCAAAGCCUUCCUGAAAAUGGCCAACAAUAACCAAAGUGCACUCUUCUAUGGGAUUCUCAACACUGAACUUCCUCAUGAUGGGGAGACCAAACAGAGUGGAUACUGUGCAGUGACAUCCAGGAUUCCAAGGGGUGCUUUUGAGAGGAAGAAGUAUUAUGAUUGGUCUAACUUUAAUACUCUGUAUCUCCGUGUGCGUGGGGAUGGUCGGCCCUGGAUGGUGAAUAUCAAAACAGACACUGACCUGAUCCAUAAAAGCCAUCUGUUGCACAGUUACUUCAUGUUCACGCGUGGGGGGCCCUAUUGGCAGGAGAUCAAGAUUCCGUUCUCCAAGUUUUUUUUCUCCAAUAAGGGGAGAAUCCAGGAUAGACAGCAUCAGCUUCUGACAGACCAGAUCAGUAGUAUAGGAUUCACCUUGGCUGAUAAAGUGAAUGGUCCAUUCUACCUGGAAAUAGAUUUUAUUGGAGUGUUUCAUGACCCAGCCCAUACUGAAGAAUUUGCCUAUGAAAAUAAUAAAAGGAUUUGUGAGGAACUUUAACCAGCAGAGAGGAUCAUCAUUUAUUCAUAGUUAGGGAAUUGAUAUUGUUCUGUUACUUGACAGUGACAAAAUAAAGUUUUUAUUGAAUUGCUA